CCCUUGGAUCUCUGACAUAUCUCUGUACCACUCUCUCAACACACCACAGAUAUUCCCCCUUUUUUAUUCUCCCUCUUCAAAAAUUUGCUCCUUUUUUUUUUUUGUUCUUUGUUCUUCGGGAUUCUUCUCCUUUUGGGGUCCGACUGAGAUUUUGAAUUUGUGCGGGUUCUGGGGUUUUUGCUACACAGCAUUUUUUUUUUUAAUCUUUGAGGGUUUCAAGUCAAGAAUUUCUGUUUUCCUUUCUUCUAUGGCUAUGAUUUUGCUCUUUUUCCUUCUCGCCGUUUCUGCCGUUUCUGCUGAUCAAGAUGCGUUCAUUGGUGUAAACCUUGGUAUGGAUCUUUCUGAUAUGCCCAACCCCACUCAGGUAGUUGCACUUCUCAAAGCUCAAAAUAUUAGACAUCUCAGGCUAUAUGAUGCCGACCGGGCUAUGCUUCUUGCUCUUGCCAACACAGGCAUCCAAGUCAUUGUUUCUGUACCCAAUGACCAACUUCUUGGAAUUGGUCAAUCCAAUGCGACUGCAGCCAACUGGGUUGCUCGGAAUGUCAUUGCCCAUGUUCCUGCCACCAACAUCACAGGCAUAGCCAUUGGCUCUGAUGUUCUUACCACUCUUCCAAAUGCUGCCCCAAUCCUUGUCUCGGCUCUCAAAUUCAUUCACUCUGCUCUCCUUGCAUCCAAUCUGGAUCGCCAAAUCAAAGUUUCUACCCCACAUUCUUCUUCCAUUAUUCUUGACUCCUUCCCUCCAUCACAGGCCUUCUUUAACCGUUCAUGGGACCCUGUCAUGGUUCCAUUGCUUCAAUUUUUGCAGUCCACUGGCUCUUAUCUCAUGCUUAAUGUUUAUCCCUAUUAUGAUUACAUGCAAUCAAAUGGUGUGAUUCCUCUAGACUAUGCACUUUUCCGGCCCCUCCCUCCAACCAAGGAGGCUGUUGACGCCAAUACCCUAUUGCACUAUACUAAUGUCUUUGAUGCGGUUGUUGAUGCUGCCUAUUUCGCAAUGUUAGAUUUAAACUUCACGAACAUACGAGUCGUUGUUACAGAGUCAGGCUGGCCAUCCAAGGGCGAUGCAUCGGAGCCAGAUGCAACUUUGGAUAAUGCUAACACUUACAAUAGCAACUUAAUUAGACACGUUCUUAACAACACCGGAACGCCCAAGCAUCCGGGUGUUCCUGUUAGUACCUACAUAUAUGAGCUCUACAAUGAGGAUUUAAGACCCGGUUCAGUCUCGGAAAAGAAUUGGGGUCUCUUCAAUUCUAAUGGAAUGCCAGUUUAUACCUUGCACUUGACUGGUGCUGGUGCUGUUUUGGCAAAUGAUACCACAAACCAAACGUUCUGUGUUGCACGAGACGGUGCUGAUCGUAGGCUGCUGCAAGCAGCACUGGAUUGGGCGUGUGGACCAGGGAAAGUCGAUUGUUCCCCGCUGUUGCAGGGGCAGUCAUGUUAUCAACCAGAUAAUGUUAUAGCCCAUUCAACCUACGCUUUCAAUGCUUAUUACCAGAAAAUGGCCAAGUCUCCAGGGACCUGUGAUUUUAAAGGAGUGGCUAUCAUCACCACCACAAACCCAAGUCAUGGUACGUGUCUAUUUCCGGGAAGUAGUGGAAGUAAUGGCACUUUAGUAAAUAGCACAUCUCUGGCUCCAUCCUCAAAUUCUUCUGAUUCAGCUGGUGGCUGCCUUCCAAAGCAUCUCUAUGGUACCAUCCCUUACACCAGUUCAACCAUCUUUUGUGUUUUAUUAAUGACUUUGGUGUUCUUAUGAUGCUGCUUGCUUCUACUGCAUUUGUGUAUUUGUAUUCAUGCAUGAUCUCCAUCACAGUUUGGGAUUGUCAAACUGCUGCUUCCCUUCGGCUUCCAUGCUAUUGUAGCAUAUUUAACCAGUUUUGUAUUGCCAAGGGUCGACAGGUGGGGAUCGGUCGGUUAAUGUGGCUAUAUAUUAGUUCGAGUUCGAUGAGUGUUCAUAAUUUGGAUUUUGUAGAGAGAAAAAUCUAAUGAUUAUUUGUGAC